AGCAAUCAAUUUUGAUUUGAUUCCCAAUUUUCAAACAAUUCUCAAUUUUCAAUUUGAUUUGCUUCACAAUCAUACGAAAUGAAGACCCCGGUUAAGAAAUCCGCACGUGGUGGAAGCGAAAUGUCUCUGCGCCUACGUGGACACUCGAAGGAAUCAAAGACAGUGGCAGCCGCCUCUCAAUUGCAAGAGGAUGACGAUAUUGAAUCGGAUUUGCCCAUACGCGGACGCCCUUCAAAAAAGUUGUUACUCCAACAACAGCAGCAGCAACGUGCCCAAAACUAUCAGGUGAAACUACAGCCAGAAUUAAAGACUGUCCAGGCAGCCGCUGGUGCUGUGGGCAGAAGCAGCGCUGCAGCUGACACACCGCCCGCUGCCUCCUCCUCCACCUCUUCUGGGGCGACCAACUCCACAAAAACCAAGCGCUCCAAUGCCAAGAAAGUAGUCACCACUGGUGCCGCCGCCGCUGCCAAGUUGCAAAGUGAAUCCUAUGUGAUGCGCCUCUUCGAACGUAGCCUGGAUCUGUCCAAGUAUAAUGAGAAAACUCCCCUCUAUCCCAUCUGUCGUGCUUGGAUGGCCAAUCAGCCGCGUAAUCCCUUCGUCGCAUUGUACAACACUGAGGGCUCGGAGCCAGUGGUCAAGCGUGACGACAAUGCCGAAGAGGUUCUGGCCAAAUUGCAAAGCGGUGAAAUGAAGGUAUUGACCGAUAUGCCACUGGCCCGUUCCACCGAAAUGAGCAUUAUACCACCACGUCUGGAGCACAAGAACGAACCAAAGUUGCAGGAAGGCUCCUCGCGCGAACUGUUGCUGGCGGCCAACAAAAAACGUUGGAAGAAGGUUCGCAAUCAUUGGCUGAGACAUGCCCAAAAAUAUGAUCAUGAACGCUACGAAGUAAUCGAUCAGAUUGUCAAUUUAUUAUGCAAGAAGGAGAAAGCACCAGAAUACCCCUAAUCACUUGACACAUAAGAUUAAAUUUAAACUAUAAUAUUAACAUUAUGCUUUGUCUUAACUCCAUACUAAUUGUAAUCUAAGAGACUUUGGUCUUAAAUAUAAAAAGAUUAGAGAAAUGUAUAGUGAA